UCUCCUCUUUACCCUUCGGAAAACAAAAAGAAGAAAGAAGAAGAACAGGAGAGAGAAAGAGAUCUGAAACGGAGAUGAUGCAGAUGCUAGGGUUUCGAGGCUCCGCCUCGAAAGACACAAGCGAUUCUUCUCCCAAAUCGCUCUCACAAAACCCUAAAUCCUCUUCUCCCACCGUCGUUGCCGCGGGUCCCCGCAGGCCCCUUCGUCUCGUCUACUGCGACGACAAGGGAAAGUUCCGUAUGGACCCUGAGGCUGUCGCGGCCCUCCAGCUCGUCAAAGGCCCUAUUGGUGUCGUCUCCGUCUGCGGCCGGGCCCGCCAGGGCAAGAGUUUCAUCUUGAAUCAGCUUCUAGGGAGGAGCAGUGGGUUUCAAGUUGCGUCCACUCACCGACCUUGCACCAAAGGACUUUGGAUGUGGAGUGCGCCAUUAAAACGAACAGCUCUUGAUGGGACGGAGUACUAUCUGGUACUUUUAGACAGUGAAGGAAUUGAUGCGUAUGAUCAAACGGGAACGUACAGCACCCAGAUAUUCUCUUUGGCGGUUCUGUUGUCAAGCAUGUUUAUAUACAACCAGAUGGGUGGUAUAGAUGAAACUGCACUGGAUCGUCUCUCUCUUGUCACUGAAAUGACCAAGCAUAUUCGUGUUAGAGCUUCUGGAGGAAGGACCACUGCUUCUGAGCUUGGGCAGUUCUCCCCCGUCUUUGUUUGGCUUUUGAGGGAUUUCUAUUUGGACUUAGCAGAGGAUGAUAGGAAAAUAACCCCUCGUGAUUACCUAGAGCUAGCUUUAAGGCCAAUGCAAGGAGGAAAAGAUGUGGCCACAAAAAAUGAGAUUCGGGAGUCUAUCAGAUCACUAUUCCCAGAUCGAGAAUGCUUCACUCUUGUGCGGCCUUUGAACAAUGAAAAUGAUCUCCAACGACUCGAUCAAAUCUCUUUGGAAAAAUUACGACCAGAGUUUAGAUCCGGCCUAGAUGCAUUGACAAAGUUUGUUUUUGAGCGGACCAGGACUAAGCAAGUUGGGGCUACAGUAAUGACUGGCCCAAUUCUUGCUGGUAUAACCCAAUCUUUUUUAGAUGCUAUUAAUAAUGGUGCAGUGCCUACCAUAUCUUCUUCAUGGCAGAGUGUUGAAGAAGCUGAAUGUCGGAGUGCUUAUGAGACUGCAACUGAUGUUUAUAUGGCUUCUUUUGACCGCACAAAGCCUCCUGAGGAGGGUGUUCUAAGAGAGGAACAAGAAGGAGCAGUACAAAAAUCACUCGCUGCAUUUAAUGCCAGUGCUGUUGGAGUUGGCUCAGCACGACAAAAGUAUGAAAAGCUUCUUCAACAAUUUUUCAAAAAGGCAUUUGAGGACUACAAAAGGAAUGCUUUUAUGGAGGCAGAUUUGAGAUGUUCAAACACCUUACAAAGCAUGGAGAAAAGGUUGCGGGCUGCUUGUCAUGCACCUGAUGCGAAAGUUGAUCAUGUUGUCAAAGUUUUGGAUGUUUUACUCUCCGAGUAUGAAACGUCAUCUCAUGGGCCAGGAAAAUGGCAGAAAUUGGCCACUUUUCUACAUCAAAGCUUGGAGGGGCCAGUAUUCGACCUUAUCAAGAAGCAGCUAGACCAAAUUGGAUCAGAGAAGAGUGCCCUAAUGUUGAAAUGCCGCUCGAAUGAAGACAAAUUGGGAUUGCUUAGCAAGCAACUGGAGGCGAAUGAGAAGUACAAAGCUGACUAUUUGAGGCGUUAUGAGGAAGCUAUCAACGACAAGAAGAAAAUCGCGGAAGAUUAUACAAGCCGCAUAGCUAAUUUGCAGAGCCAGUGCAGCUCACUCGAGGAAAGGUGCUCGAGUUUAGUGAAAGCUCUAGAUUCUGCUAGGCUGGAAUCAUCGGACUGGAAAAGGAAAUAUGAACAGAACUUCUCGAGGAAGAAGGCUGAAGAAGAUCAGGCCAAUGCGGAGAUAACAGCUCUGAAGUCCAGAAGCAGUGCUGCCGAAGCGAGAGCAGCGGCUGCUCGUGAACAAGCUAACUCUGCCCAGGUGGAAGCAUCAGAGUGGAAGAGAAAGUAUGACAUUGCUGUCAGAGAAGCCAAAGCAGCGCUUGAGAAGGCAGCUACAAUACAGGAACGCUAUAAUAAGGACACGCAGCGGAGGGAGGAUGCUCUGAGGGCAGAAUUCUCUGAAAGUUUGGCUGAAAAGGAAGAUGAAAUUAAAGAUAAGCAGGCAAAAAUCGAACAAGCUGAGAAUCAUCUAAUGAGUUUGCGUUUGGAGCUGAAGGCUGCCGAGUCGAAACUGAAGAACUAUGACUUGGAAGCUUCGACCUUAAAACUUGAAAUCAAGGAUUUGAGUGAGAGGUUAGAUUCUGCGAAGGCCACAGCUCAAUCAUACGAGAGAGAAGCAAGGAUAAUGGAACAAGAAAAGACUCACCUGGAGCAGAAGUAUCAAUCCGAGUUCAAAAGGUUCAAGGAAGCAGAUGAAAGGUGCCGGGCUGCAGAAAAUGAAGCAAAAAGAGCGGUUGAUUUGGCUGAUAAAGCUCGGGAGGAAGCAGCACUUGCUCAAAGCGAAAAGAGCGAAGUUCAGCGACUAGCGAUGGAAAGAUUAACCCAAAUCGAGAGAGCUCACAGGCAAGUUGAAAGCCUUGAAAGACGGAAAGCUGACCUGAUAGAUGAGGUUGAACGUUUGCGCCGCUCUGAAAUGGAUGCUGUGUCCAAGGUUGAAUUUCUAGAAAAGCAGGUCGAAGAAAGAGAGAGAGAAAUUGAAUCACUUCUUGAGUCGACCAAAGAGCAGAGGGAGAACACAGUCCAAGUUCUCGAGGGCCUAUUGAAGACUGAACGAGCUGCUCGAGCAGAAGCGAACAGUAGAGCAGAAGCCUUGUCCUUGCAGCUGCAAUCCACUCAGGCCAGGCUUGACUCACUCCAGCAGGAGCUGACUUCCGUUCGCCUAAAUGAAACUGCAUUGGAUAGUAAGCUCAAGACUGCUUCACAUGGGAAACGUACAAGGGUUGAUGACUAUGUUGGUAUUGAAUCCGUUCAAGAUAUGGAGAUCGAUGAAGAGAAUGUUAGAGGAAGAAAGAAGUCGAAGAGCACGACUAGCCCGCUAAGGACGCAUACUGAAGAUGGAGGUUCCAUCUUCAAAGCAGAUGGCGAUGAUAACCAUAGUCUGCAAACAGAAUCAGAAGGCCAUACCAAGUUCACCGUGCUGAAGCUGAAGCAGGAGCUCACGAGACUUGGUUUCGGUGCAGAGCUGCUGCAGCUGAAGAAUCCUAACAAGAAGGAGAUAGUUGCCCUAUAUGAGAAGCAUGUCCUCCAAAAGUAGAUGCCCUAUUCAACACGUACAGGGUACCUGUAAUAUGCUUUGUUUGUAGGCCAGUUUGCGGGAAUCAAAAUCAUUCUGGGAGGCUGGAUUCACCUGAAAAAGUCCGUAACCUUAAAUUCAAAGCUAUUCCCCCAACUUUGUCUCUUGUAAUUCUAUUAUGUGGUUCUAUCAUUUUCUGUCAGGAGCCUUCUUGUGCAUCAAAAUGCUCCUUGACAUAAGAGCGGUUUCUUUUUCAUUUCA